AUGAGCGCCACCCUUCCGAAGAACGACAAGGCCUCCUUCUCUUCCUCCAAUGACUCCACAGGCAAGAAAUCACCGGACAUCGACACCAAGUCGGUCGGCGACGACCUGAACGACGCGGAGCCUGAGCCAUUCAAACUCUACAACUUUAUAUUUCGCCGAUACCUCUACAAACCAAAGGACCUGGACGCCACGGCUACUCGUCGGUCGGUGUACGACGACCCCGAUCUCGCGCCUCACUACUGGCCGAAGGCGGAGUACGAGAACAUACACCGUUUCGAUCCAAAGAUUCGUUGGACUUGGAGGGAAGAAAGGGCUCUGGUCAGGAAGAUCGACUGGAAAGUCAUGCUCUGGGCUGCAAUCUCCUUCUCUGCGCUCAACCUGGAUCGCGGCAAUCUCAGUCAAGCCAACACCGACAACUUCCUGCCUGACUUGGGAAUGACCACUAAUGACUACAAUCUCGGUAACACUGUCUUCCGUCUCGCGUUCUUGUCGGCCGAGCUUCCGUCACAGCUCAUCUCGAAACGACUUGGUCCUGAUCGCUGGAUUCCAAUCCAGAUGUGUGGGUGGUCUCUGUUGACCAUGUGUCAGUUUUGGAUUACCGGAAAGCCCACUUUCUUGCUUUGUCGCGCUCUUCUUGGUUUAAUGCAAGGGGGUUUCAUUCCGGAUCUCAUUCUCUACCUCUCCUACUUCUAUACGAAGCACGAACUUCCCUUCCGCCUCGCCCUCUUCUGGAUGUCCGCCGAUGUUUGCAGCAUAUUUGGUAGCUUCCUCGCUGUUGGCGUCCUCCGUAUGCGUGGAAUUCAAGGAAAGUCCGGGUGGCGGUGGUUGUUCCUGAUCGAAGGCUUGCUGACAUUGCUUAUCGGCAUUGCGACGUUCUUCAAAAUGCCGCCGUCACCCACGCAAACAAAGACCUGGUUCCGGCCUAAAGGGUGGUUUACGGAGCGAGAAGAAGUCAUCGCGACGAGUCGUAUCUUGCGCGACGACCCCACUAAGGGCGACAUGCACAAUCGCGAAGCCCUUACACUGAAGAGGCUCUGGCAAUCCCUCUGUGACUACGAUCUAUGGCCGCUCUACACCAUAGGUCUCCUCUUUGGGAUCCCGGCUAGCCCUCCUGCUGCAUAUCUGACACUCUCUCUGCGAAACCUUGGGUUUAGUACCAUCCACACGAACUUGCUCACUAUCCCCUCAACUGUCGGAAGCAUGAUCACAAUGACCAUUAUUACGCUUGUUUCGGAGAAUCUCAACGACAGAGCUUUCGUCUCGAUGUCUGAAGAUGUCUGGCUGUUGCCGUUCCUCAUUGCGUUGCGUACGCUACCUUCGGACGUCAAUCCAUGGUUAUUUUAUGGAUUGUCGUCUGUACUGCUGAUGUAUCCAUACUCCCAUCCAAUCCAAGUUGGAUGGUGCUCGCGCAACGCUGGCGCUGUCGCUAGUCGGACCGUCAACGCGUCUUUGUACAACAUGUUCGUCCAGACGUCCUCGAUAAUCUCCGCCAAUAUCUAUCGCAGAGAUGAUGCCCCAAUGUAUCGACGAGGAAAUAGCUACCUCAUUGGCAUUUGCCUAUUCAACGUCGCGAUCCUGUAUCCUGGAACGAAGGCAUACUACCUUUGGCGCAACAAGCAGAGGGCGAGGAAAUGGGAUGCUAUGACUUCCGAGGAAAAGAGCAUAUACCUCGCGACCACAAAGGAUCUCGGCCCCAAACCAUGUAGCGGUACUCCGAUUGGCAAAGGCGAGCUACGGUUCGGAACCCUGGUCGACAUGAAGGGCAUGACCUCUUUCACAUGGCGACAUUGGGGUUGCGUCACCAAAAAGAUCCUCGAGAAUGUCAAGAAAAACUUCGAGGAGGCCUCCGAGCUCGAUGGGUUCGACGAACUCAACGCCGAGGACAAGGCGCGCGUGAUCAAAGCGUGGCAGGAAGGCCAUGUCGCUGACGAAGACAUCCCUGAGAGUGCUAGGAAGCCCGCUGCAGAGGACAGCGCUGAAGAAGAAAAGCCCAAGAAGAAGAGGGCCCCCGCAAAGAAGAAGAAAGAUGCAGAGGAAGACGGGUCGGACGCAGAGGUCGAGCCACCCAAGAAGAAAGCACCAGCGAAGAAGGCAGCUGCUGAACCUAAGGAAAAGGCUGCUCCCAAGAAACGCGCCUCGAAGAAAAAGAAGGAGGAAUCAGACGAGGAGGCUGAAGACUUUACCAAGGAGCUCGAUGAUGUUCCAGUCGGCUCAGACGAAGACGACGAAGAAGAGGAGCCUAAACCCAAGAAGAAGGCGCCCGCAAAGAAACCCGCUGCUGAGAAGAAGAAGGCUGAAUCGAAGGCCAAGGCCGCUCCCAAGAAGAAAGCUGCACCGAAGAAGGACGAUGACGCUGAGAUGGCCGACGGCGCUGGCGAAGACGAAGGCAGCAGCAGGAAGCGCAAGCGUGCCCCGACCAAGACGGCGGAAAAGCCUGCCUCAAAGAAAGUUAAACCUGCCUCGAAGGCGAAGAAGAGCAAGGAGGUCGUCGAGGAGGACGAGGAAGCGGAUGAGUAA